GACUUGCCCCCGAAUCUCAAUUUGAGACUGCAUUCGCACUCUUUACCACAGCCCCCGGAAUGACGCAUAUCGCAUUUCUCAUGUGGUAAUGGCUGCGUGCGCUAAUGGGUCACCCAGUAGACGUGUUCGCAUGCGCAAAGCAGGCCAGAGUAUUGGGAAGGCUACAGUUGCGCUCAAACAAGCCGCAGAAGACCACUCGAUCCCUGUCAGCGACGUCGAGUGAAAACACGCCCGCAACCGGGCAGUGUCUUUAAGGCCGAUACGGACGAUGAAGACGCAAGUUCUCGUGUACGAGACUGAUGUCUGGAGCGAAAGGGAAAUCGAGGGGAUGGUUGAUAAUCACGAGGAGCUAGACUUGUCCCUGGCGAGCAGUCUUCAACUGCGACAUCCAUUGCAGGACCGGUAUCUUGAUAAGCGCAAGCCUCUACUUUGACCAAAUCAUGGCGAUAUCUACGAUGGCACUCUGCAAGGUCAUUGGUCGUCCUCCCUUAAUCCUUGAAGACUUUGAAUCGGUCCUCGAUCGGCGCGAAACUCUUCGCGGCGGCAUCGGCAGCAGGAACACCAAACGGCAUGAUGGCACUCGACGUCCAUGUCUCCGGGAGACCGAACUCGGCUCUGAUGGCGCUCGCGAGGGCGGGAUUCGCUCCGUAGUGCUGCAGCGAGGCGCCGAGUCCCUCCGCGUCCAGAGCGGUCCACACGAUGUACUGCAGGAUGCCCGCCCCGUUCUGGCUCCACACCGGGAACUGCGUGGCGUAUCUGUUCAUAAGAAAAAAGACUCCGAGAUCAGCAGAGCGAACGUGGGUGGGGCGAAUGGCUCCGUACGCAGGUAUCUUGGCGAUCAGCCCGUCGACGACGGCCUGGUCCUCCCAGAACAGGACAGACCCGUAGCUGUUCGUGAAGCCGUCGAUUCGUUUCUCCGCUGCGUCUUUGCGGUCGCCUAGGGAAACAGCAUCAAUG